GUUCUCCCAGGUAGGUGACGGGCACUUCCUAAACCUUCUCGAUACCUCCCAUCUCACCCUGUCUCCCUUGCUUUGCUAGAGCUAGACAUCAGGGUUCAACUUUGUCGUUCGUUUUGCUUCCAUUGUGUCCCCUUUCUUUAGCUCUAGGCUUCCCAGAUGAACAGUCUUUCCAUCGAACAGCAGGCUCGCGCCGCCAAAGCCUAUAUCCUGCAGGAACUUCGCAAGACCAAGGAUGGAGUUGAGAUCCUCAAGGAUGAGAACUUCUUCGGAAGAUUGGACAUGAACUUUAUCACUAUAUUUGCCAUUUUCGCCGAAUUGUAUGGAUACAGACAUGACUGCCUCGAUCAGCUAGUAGACCUCAUCACCAUGUGCGGCAGGAGUUGGAAGGAGCGAGAUCCGGAAUUGAAGGCGCUCGACAAACAACGAGAGCAAGAUUCGGAAUGGUACCUUUCAAACCAAAUGCUGGGUGGGGUCUGCUAUGUGGAUCGAUACGCAAAGAACCUGGCCGGAAUCAAAGAUCGAAUCCCAUACUUCAAAGAGCUGGGGUUGACUUAUCUGCACUUGAUGCCCUUGUUCAAAGCUCCUCAGCCACUCAACGACGGCGGUUAUGCAGUGUCGAGUUAUCGAGAUGUCCAGGAGGAGCUCGGUGACAUCCACCAACUGAAAGACCUGGCCACCGAGCUCAGGAAAGCUGGGAUCAGUUUAGUCCUGGAUCUGGUCUUUAAUCAUACCUCCAACGAACACCAGUGGGCCAAAAAGGCUGCUCAGGGUGACCCAGAGCACUCGGCCAUGUAUUGGAUGUUCCCAGAUCGCAAUGUUCCUGCUGCAUUUGAGCGGUCGACGAGAGAGAUCUUCCCGGAUGACCACCCUGGGUCCUUUAUUCAGCUCGCUGACGGCCGCUUUGUGUGGUCUACAUUUUACCAUUUCCAGUGGGAUCUGAACUAUUCGAAUCCUACAGUCUUCCGUUCCAUGGCUGCCGAGAUGUUAUACCUUGCCAAUAUCGGAGUCGACUUUUUCCGCAUGGAUGCGGUGGCUUUUAUGUGGAAGCAGAUGAACACCGACUGCGAGAACCUGCCUGAGGUGCACAAACUUCUCCGAGCAUUCAACGCCCUCUGUCGAAUUGCGGCACCGUCGGUGCUGUUCAAAUCUGAAGCCAUUGUUCAUCCUGAUUACGUUGUCCAAUAUAUCGACCGUUAUGAGUGCCAGCUGUCGUACAACCCACUUCAGAUGGCUCUCACAUGGGAAGCAUUGGCGACGAGAGAUGCAUCUAUGCUGUCACAAGCCAUUGAGCGUAGACACAACAUCCCUCGUGGAUGUGCAUGGGUGAACUAUGUCCGGUCGCAUGACGACAUUGGUUGGACGUUCUCGGACGAAGAUGCACUGGAAUUAGGAAAGGUGGGAUCGAAUCAUCGCAAGUUCCUAAACGCAUUCUUUGUCAACCGCCACCCAGGAAGUUUUGCUCGCGGUGUGCCAUUUCAAGACAAUCCUCGAACAGGAGAUUGUCGCAUCUCAGGGACUACCGCUUCACUGGCAGGGCUUGAGUCGAUGCAGGACCACUCAAUUGACAGAGUGCUGCUAGCAUAUUCAAUUGCCAUGAGCACUGGAGGUAUUCCACUGAUCUAUCUGGGUGAUGAAGUAGGACAACUCAACGACUACAGCUACCUCAAUGACCCAGCCAAGAUGGAUGACAGUCGAUGGGUUAACCGGCCAUGGUAUCCAGCAGCGAGAUAUGCAGAGCGGGAAGAUACGUCGACGGUGGCUGGUCAGAUCUACGCUGGCAUUAAGCACCUCAUCAAACUACGCAAGUCGACGGAAGAGCUGGCUGGUGGACGGGCUGUGGGAUUUUACACUGGGAAUCCCACUAUUCUGGGAUACCAGCGACCAGGCGUUCACUCAACUGUGCUCUGUCUUUGCAAUUUCUCCGAUAAUGGCCAGUGGAUAGGCCGAGACCGGUUCAUGGGAAUGCCUGCCGAAGCCAAGGACCUGGUAUCAGGGUUCAUGAUCAAUCUAAGGGACGCAGGCAUUCAGCUGAGGCCUCAUCAGUUCCUGUGGCUGAAAUAUUGAUGAGGCUGCGGGAAUGGGGAUAGGAUACGGACGAGAUGGAAGAUGGUGUCACAGUAUUGUUAUUUGGUGUACCUGCAUAGCGUCUUGACAAGUCGUGAUAUGUUUGCCUUCA